CCCCUCUGACCCUUCUUCCUUGGCCGCCAUGGACGAUUUGCCGCACUGCACCUGCGAGAAGACCCAGUGCCUCCAGCGCUACUGCCAUUGCUUCGAGGCCUGGGUGUUCUGCGACGAGAGGUGCUCCUGCCAGGGCUGCCGCAACACAGAGGACAACUCCGACGAGGUGGAUGAGCGCGCAGAGUACAUCGUGAAGAAGAAGCCCGACGCUUUCAAGCCCAAGAUCAUCGCCGGCGAUGGGCCUGGGCUGCAACAGCAGCGGCAGCAAGUGGCAGGGGUGCACGUCAAGGGAUGCAACUGCCGCAAUUCUGAAUGCAAGAAGCUCUACUGCGAGUGCUUCAAGCACGGCGUCGGGUGCAGCGACAAGUGCCAGUGCACAGGGUGCGCCAACACCUUCGGAGUGAAAGGCGGUCAGUGCAUCGAUCGCCACACAUCUAUUCUCUUCUACUUUCAUUUAUUUUGUACGUAG